AUGGUGCUCGGUGCCUCGGGACGGUGCUCUCCGCUGGUGGAGCAGCACCGGUCGGCUGUGAGCUUCUCGCUGCUGCUCGUGGGUUACGUCCUCUACCUGCUGCUCGGUGCCGGGAUCUUCUCCGCCAUCGAGCGGCCCUACGAGCAGCGUCUGCGGGAGGAUCUGCGGGCCGCCCGGCGGGACUUCCUGAACAACCACACCUGCGUGUCCGACGCACACCUGGAGGAGCUCCUGGCGCGCGCACUGGAGGCCAGUAGCUAUGGAGUGACCGUACUGGGAAACAGCACCGAGAGGAACUGGGACUUCGUGUCGUCCCUGUUCUUCACCAGCACCGUGCUGACCACCACAGGUUAUGGCCACUCUGUUCCUCUCUCCGAUGAGGGGAAGGCCUUCUGCAUCUUCUACUCCCUCUUCGGCAUCCCCGUCACCCUCUUCCUCCUCACUGUCGUGGUGCAGAGGGUGAUGGUCCUGGUGACUCGACGUCCAUUGUCCUAUUUCCACCGUCGCUGGGCCGUGUCCAAACCCAAGCUAGCCGUCAUACACGCUACCUGCCUCACCAUCAUCAUGGCCCUGCUGCUCCUCAUCAUCCCUGCCUGGAUAUUUGUCAGCCUGGAGAAGGAGUGGGAUUUUCUGGAGUCUCUGUAUUUCUGUUUCAUCUCUCUGACGACCAUCGGCCUCGGGGAUUACGUCCCCGGAGAGACCCAGAGUAAAGAGGACAACCCACACCCACAGCUCUACAGGCUGGCCAUUACAGUCUACCUGCUGCUGGGUUUGGUGUUUGUGCUGGUGGUGCUGGAGACGUGUUACGAGCUUCCCCAGAUGAGACGCAUCGCACAGAGGUUCUACAAAGAAAAAGUCCGGGAGCUGGACUCUGAGACCACCAACAUCAUCGACCGGGAUCACCUGAGUGAGGAGCAGAGCGACCCCUCGGAUGAGGUGUCAGAUCACCUGCCCGUCAUCCCCUCAGUGUCAGAACAGGCUGCUUCACUACGGCUGGACAGCAAGCCACCGCCUUACACCCCCGCAUCAUGA